CUCCAUCUAUCUGCUCACACAUACACAAACAGUUUAUCUUUACUCCCUCAAGAGACUGGUGAUUGAUUAGUGAUGGCUUUAGCAAUUAGGAAGACACUAGCUUUCUUUAUGAUGAUUACUGCUUUUCAAGUCUCUUUUGCAACUGUUUACAAGGUGGGAGACUCGGCUGGGUGGACGUUGCCAUUUAUCGGACAUGUCAAUUACACCGAUUGGGCUUCCAACAAGACCUUCCAUGUAGGAGAUGUUCUUGAAUUCACCUACAGCAACCUAUUUCAUAACGUGGAACAAGUAACCCAGAAAAAGUAUGAGUCUUGUGAUGCAACAUCUCCCAUCGCUUCUUACAGCUCCGGCAACGACUAUAUCAUCCUCAAAACGAUUGGCCACGAGUAUUUUAUUUGUGGUGUUGCCGAUCACUGUCUACUGGGACAGAAAGUUGACAUCAACGUCACUGCAAUUUCUCCUCUCGUCUGAUCUUCACUCUCUGCCCGGCUAUACUUAUAUUUUGCUUUUUCAUGUACUAGACCUACAGACUUCUCAAAGAUAUUAAAUAAUAAUGUUUGAAUCUCUA